AUGGAGCAGUCCGUAGAGUCACAUCCGGAGGAUUUGUCAAGGAGGAGCAGUGAAGCCCUUUCCUCGUCAAAGCAAGGCAGCGAAGAGGUCAGCGUCGAGGAGCUAAAGAAAAAGGUCAAGGAUUUGGAGCUGCAGCUCGAGUACGAAAUAAAUCGACACGAGGCUGAGGUGCAGGAGAAAGAGGAAAACAUAAAAUCCCUGGAAGAAAAAAUAAACGAAAUAGAGUAUUCGAAAAAAGAAUCCGAGGAAAAGGAUGAAGCCAUCAUAAACAUGAGCGAACAGCUCCUCAUCUUAUCAAACAAAUACGACGUGUUGGUGAAGGAAUCGAAGCUACAGGAAGAGGAGCUGAAACAUUUAAAAAAUAAAAAAAAAUACAGAAACGAUAAAACGAAUGAAUUCAUAAUUACACUAAAAAAACAAAAUGAAGAUUUUAAAAAGGACAAUGAAGCGCUAACGGACAAAUAUUCCAACCUCCUUAUGGAAAAUAGUAGCCUUAAAUGCUCCUGCAAAAUGCUACAAGAACAGCUCCAGGAGAGUCAGAAAAAUUUGGAAUCUGUAAAGAUGCAUAACACAAAGGAGUUUGACGAGAAAAGCGCCCUUCAAAUUUUAAACCUCGGAACGGGGCUAUUGCAGAAGAGGAGCUCGACCAAAGAUGGAAACGAAGCCAAUCCGCUCAAACUAGAAAUAGAGUACAAAGAUAUGAUCAUAAAGAAAUUGCUGCGGAAGAAGGACACUACAAUGGGAAAGGAUUGCCACCAGAAGGGGGAGGACUCCCCAAACAAUAACACCUUUAACCACAACGGGGAGCAACUAAUUACAUUCGAGAAAAAACUGGAGGAGCUGUACCAGAAGUGUCUGGAGUCGCAGAGCGACAAUGAUCAAUUGAAGAACAAAAUCAAAAAGUUGACUGAUCAUAUAGAUGACCUGAAAAAGGAAAACGCAGAUUUGUUGGGAAUAAUCGAUACUCUGAGGGAGUACAUCAAGAAGGUCUAUCGCGAGGACGUGAAUGUUCACCAAUUUGACGACUUGAUAAACAACCUCCUUAAGAAGAACUCGACGCUCAAUGGCGAUCAAUCCAAGCAGAAAAGGACGAACAUGGUAGACACCUACUUCUUCAAUAAGGAGCUGCAACUGAUACAAAGUGACAAAUUUAAAAUUAUAGAAAAAUUUGAUGAGGCCAAUGUGAAUAAUUUUCCCCACCUGUACGAACCGCUAAACGUGACUCUUAACGAAGCUCUACAUGAGUACCAUGACGAGAUCGAGGAAAAACGGGAAGUGGGACGAGUUCACGUGGAGAUUGCUAGUCCUAACAAAGACAGGGAUGAGAGGAAAAAUGGAAAAAACUCCCACCUGGUCAAGUCCAACAAGCCGGUAAUCACAGACGAGUUAGUUCACACUUAUAUGAAGGAUUAUAUGAUGAAUGUUCAGAACAGGAAAUGA